CAACAGCAAUAGCAGCAACAGCAGCAACAGCAACAGCAAGAUGUCGGGCUUCGACGAGAAUCCCUUCGGCGAGCCCAAUGUUAACGAUCCCUUCUCGGAUCCAGCAGUGCGUAAAGCAGCGAGUUCAAUUCCAAACAGAGGAAUGGAAGAUUACAAUCCAUUCGUGGACACGUCGGGAGGUACUGGUACACAAGUCAGAGGUGCCUCCAAUCCUCCGAUCUAUGGGGGCACAUCUACAACGUCGGCACAGCAACCUGCAAUGCUGCAGACAUCGAGUCAGGAAGCUCCACCUCCAAAUUAUUCUCGUAGUCCACAGCAGACCAUUCCCUCGUCUAGCAGUGGCAUUUUCUCACCCACAAGCCAACCACCGAAUAAUGAAGCUUGGAAGAGAAACGAACAAGAUAUGAGCAAUACACCUUAUUAUCCAAGGAGAAAUAAUUGGCCACCAUUAUCCGAUAAAUGUUGCGUGCAGCCAUGUUUCUAUCAAGAUAUAGACGUUGAAAUAAAAACUGAUUUUCAAAAAAUUGUUCGACAAUUGUAUUAUCUAUGGAUGUUUCAUGGAUUGGUACUGAUACUAAAUGUAAUUGGUGGCUUCGCUAUGAUGUUGGCUUAUGGUUACUUCACGACCUUUGGACUUGGUAUUCUUUAUCUCAUUCUCUUUACGCCAUUUUCAUUUAUUUGCUGGUUCAGACCAGCAUAUCAAGCAUUCAAAGACGAUAGUUCCUUCAACUUUAUGGUUUUUUUCUUUGUAUUUUUCUUUCAAGUUGUGGUAACGGUUGUCCAAAGCAUUGGAAUUCCUGGAUGCGGAACAUGCGGCAUCAUAACGGCAAUCUCAUCAUUUCACUCGACAACUAAAGACAUGUUCGUGGGAUGCCUUUUACUUCUAAUUGCAGGAGCAUUUAUAGUAGCUGCAACUGGUGAUAUUGUGCUACUCUCAAAGGUGCAUCGCAUUUAUCGCAGCUCAGGAUCCAGCUUCUCUAAGGCACAAGACGAGUUCACUACGACGUUCUUUGGAAGCGAGCACGUGCAAAAUGCCGCGAGUAACGUUGCAGCCUCGGCCGUCCGCGCCCAAGUUAACAAUAUGACGCAGCCACGAUAUUAGUAUUGACAGAAGCAGCUAGGAGAGGGAUCAGAUGAAAGCAAAAAAUAACGGCUCCAUUCAGCAUAUAUUUACUUAUAAAUGUGGUGAGCGCACAUAAAUAAAAAUGUAUAAAUGUGCGUCAAUGUGAAAAUACACUCGCAAGAUGAUAAACUGUUAUAAAUAAAAUGGAAUAGAUAUUUUGUGCGCUGUGAUGAAAAGAUGUGUCUGUCUGUUGAGACGAGAAAACGUAAUGUAAAGAGUUUAAGUUUCAUUCGACUACUCUUGUACAUUUCAAGCACAUUAUAUAUUCUACAUAGUUGUAGCGUGUAUUUUUCUUCUUUCGUCUU